CCGCCUCGCACCCUCUCUUCUUUGGACUAUGGCCUCGGAUCGCGGGGUCCCGGGGGCCGGCGUCUUUGGAGAUUUACCCCCGAGUUAUGCGCGCUCGCAGCCGCCCGCGAACCCGGACCUGCUGCGGAGACCCAGCUACUGCCACGCCGCUUUCGCACUUAAACAGAUCUCAAAGGGUAAGGCGGUAGGGCAGAAGGCUCCUCUGUGGAUCCGGGCAAGGUUCCAGGCCUUCCUGUUCUCUCUGGGCUGCCACAUCCAGAGGCACUGUGGGAAGGUCCUCUUUAUUGGACUCUUAGUAUUCGGGGCUCUGUCUGUGGGACUUCGGGUGGCAGCCAUUGAAACAAACAUCGAACAACUAUGGGUGGAAGCUGGAAGUCGGGUGAGCACGGAGCUUCGCUACACCAGGGAGAAGCAGGGAGAGGAGUCGGUUUUUACCUCACAGAUGCUUAUCCAGACACCAAAAGAGGAGGGCACAAAUAUUCUUACCCAGGAGGCUUUGCUGGUUCACAUGGAAGCCGCCCUGUCGGCCAGCAAGGUGCAGGUGUCGCUGUUUGGAAAAUCAUGGGAUCUUAAUAAAAUAUGCUAUAAAUCAGGAGUUCCUAUAAUAGAAAAUAUCAUGAUUGAAAGGAUGAUUGACAAGCUAUUCCCCUGUAUGAUAAUCACCCCAUUGGACUGUUUUUGGGAAGGGGCCAAACUACAGGGAGGCUCUGCCUAUUUACCGGGCAUGCCAGAUAUCCAGUGGAUGAAUCUUGAUCCAGUCAAGCUGAUGGAAGAGCUGAGUCAGUUCACUUCACUGGAGGGGUUCAGGGAGAUGUUGGACAAAGCCCAGGUGGGACACGCGUACAUGAACAGGCCGUGCUUAGACCCGUCAGACCCGGACUGUCCUCUCAGUGCUCCCAACAAGGAACAAAGAGAGAGUCCUGACAUUGCCGGGCGUCUCCAGGGUGGAUGCCACGGUUUCAGCCGCAAGUUCAUGCACUGGCAGGAGGAGCUCAUCCUGGGAGGGCGGGUGAAAAGCAGCCAAGAUGCUCUGCUGAGUGCGGAGGCUCUUCAAACAAUGUUCCUGUUGAUGAGUCCGAAGCAGCUGUUCGAGCACUUUAAGGACGACUACGAGAUCCUCGACAUCAACUGGAACGAAGAGAAGGCGACCGCCAUCCUCGAAUCGUGGCAGAGGAAAUUUGUUGAGGUGGUUCACCAGAGUAUCCCGGAUAACUCCAGCCAGUCCAUCCACGCUUUCUCCACCACCACGCUGAACGACAUCAUGAAAUCCUUCUCCGACGUCAGCGUCAUUCGUGUGGCCGGAGGGUAUCUGCUCAUGCUGGCCUAUGCCUGUGUGACUAUGCUAAGAUGGGAUUGUGCCAAGUCCCAGGGUGCAGUGGGGCUGGCCGGGGUGCUGCUGGUGGCCCUGUCAGUGGCGGCAGGCCUGGGUCUCUGCUCGUUGCUCGGCCUCUCCUUCAACGCCGCAACCACACAGGUGCUUCCCUUCCUGGCACUGGGGAUCGGUGUGGAUGACAUGUUUCUGUUGGCUCACUCCUUCACAGAAACUGGAAGUAACAUCCCUUUUAAGGAGCGAACUGGAGACUGUUUGCGUCGCACCGGCACCAGCGUGGCUCUGACUUCCAUCAACAAUAUGCUCGCCUUCUUUAUGGCCGCUCUUGUACCCAUCCCCGCCUUGCGAGCGUUCUCAUUGCAGGCGGCCAUUGUGGUCGUGUUUAACUUCGCCAUGGUGCUGCUCAUCUUCCCCGCCAUCCUCAGUCUGGACCUCCACCGGCGCGAGGACAAGCGCCUGGACGUCCUCUGCUGCCUGUACAGCCCCUGCUCGGACCGCGUCAUCCAGCUCUCGCCGCACGAGCUGUCGGACGCCGGCGAGCAGCCGCACACGCCCACGACGGGAACCGCGCACGCGCACCAGUACACGGCUGGAUCGACAAUCACCACCAGCACGCAGAUCACCACCACGGUGCAGGCUUUCACGCAGUGCGACGCCGCCGGCCAGCACAUCGUCACCAUCCUGCCGCCUACAUCCCAGAUCUCCACCAGCCCCCCCUCCAUCAUCCUCGUCCUACCUCGCAAGCUCAAGGUAAAGAAGUCAGAGAACGCUUUAAACAAUCACUCUUCAAAAAGUGUUGUUUUUGUAGAACUGAAUGCUAAAGCACGUCUUUCUGCUCCUCCUACAGCUCUCUCUCCUUCCCCCUCCACCACAUCUGUGCCAGACCCUUACGGAUCCCAGCUCUUCACCCCUACUUCCAGCUCCACACGAGACCUCUUGGCACAGGUGGAGGACUCCAAGUCCGGGAAGAAGUGUGUCCCACUCCCUUUCCUGCGCUGGAACCUGUCCAGCUUCGCCAGGGACAAAUACGCCCCUCUGCUUCUCAAGCCCAAGAGCAAAGCCGUUGUGGUCGUCCUCUUCCUCGGCCUCCUGGGCCUCAGUCUGUACGGGACCACCAUGGUGCACGACGGCCUCUACCUGACUGAUAUCGUGCCGCGUGACACCAAGGAGUAUGACUUCAUCGAUGCGCAGUUCAAGUAUUUCUCCUUCUACAACAUGUACCUUGUAACCAUGGAUGGAUUUGAUUACGCCCGAUCGCAGAGGCUGCUGAUUCAGCUGCACAAUGCCUUCAACUCUGUCCGUUAUGUGGUCAGAGACAGCGACGACAAACUGCCCCGCAUGUGGCUGCACUACUUCCAGGACUGGCUCAGAGGUCUCCAGGCUGCUUUUGAUGCUGAUUGGCAAGCAGGCAGGAUUACUGCUGACAGCUAUCGUAACGGCACGGAGGACGGCGCUCUGGCAUACAAGCUCCUCAUCCAGACUGGCUCCAAGAAAGAGCCUUUUAACCUCAGCCAGCUCACUACUCGUCGGCUCGUGGAUGCUGAGGGUUUGAUCCCGCCGGAGGUCUUUUACAUUUACCUGACAGUCUGGGUUAGUAAUGACCCUCUGGGCUACGCUGCAUCCCAGGCCAACUUCUACCCUCACCCCAGGGAGUGGAUUCACGACAAGUAUGACACGACAGGAGAAAAUCUACGCAUCCCAGCUGCAGAACCACUGGAGUUCGCUCAGUUCCCCUUCUACCUGAAUGGCCUCCGCCAAGCCAGCGACUUUGUGGAAGCCAUUGAGAGCGUACGCGCCAUCUGUGAUGAGUUUAGUCGCAAGGGUGUGCUCAACUACCCGAACGGAUACCCGUUCCUGUUCUGGGAACAGUACAUCGGCCUCCGACACUGGUUCCUGCUGUCCAUCAGCGUGGUGCUGGCCUGCACUUUCCUGGUUUGCGCCAUUCUCCUGCUCAACCCCUGGACCGCCGGCAUCAUUGUGUUUAUUUUGGCCAUGAUGACCGUGGAGUUGUUUGGCAUCAUGGGUCUGAUUGGCAUCAAGCUCAGUGCCAUUCCUGUGGUCAUCCUGAUCGCCUCGGUGGGGAUCGGAGUGGAGUUUACUGUUCACAUCGCUCUGGGCUUCCUGACAGCGAUUGGCAGCAGAAACAAGCGCUCCGCAGUGGCGCUGGAACACAUGUUUGCCCCGGUGGUUGACGGAGCGAUCUCCACACUGCUGGGUGUUCUCAUGCUGGCGGGGUCCGAGUUUGACUUCAUCAUGAGGUAUUUCUUUGCCGUGCUCGCCAUUCUGACUGUCCUGGGGAUGCUGAACGGACUGGUUCUCCUCCCGGUCCUGCUCUCCAUGACGGGCCCCCCGGCCGAGGUCACGCCGGUGGACAACGCCAGCUGCCUGCCGACGCCGUCCCCCGAGCCCCCGCUGCCUCCUCCAAUGACCCACCACGGGUUCUACGCCGGCCACCACAACCCGCGGUCCUCUCGCCAGCAGGCAUUCUCGGAGUCGUCGGAUUCUGAGUACUACUCUGAGCUGACCACCACGUCAGGGAUCGGGGAGGAGGAUUAUAAGUACUGCGACCGGAGCGCGUACCUGACGUCGAAGACCAGCGUCCCACAUGCACCUUCCCACGUACUGCUGGAAGCCAGCAAGAACCCCAGCUUCCCCAAACUCACGGUGGUGAAGCCAUUCACAGAAACCACCACAGCAGCUGGCGGGAGGAUCGAACCUCUGAGCGAAUCAACACUUACUGCGCAGUCACCUCUGGGCUCCCAGGUGACCUGCUGGGACGGAAACAAGCGGGAGCAGCAGAAGAGACUCCCGGCUCCGGCCGGCCAACACUUACCCAGCGACAGGGCUCACUUUGCUGGGAGGACUUGUCAAAACGGGCCCAGGCUGCAGAACGGCAGGAGGCCUCAGCCGAACAGGACUAAAGGGCCGAGCUACGGCCACAGCAGCUCCGCCGCGCCGGCGCAGCCGGGCGCCAGCGGGGGGCCCGUCACCAUGGUCACGGCCACCGCCUCCGUGACGGUGGCCGUGCAUCCAAACCUGCCGGGGGCGGCGUACCAAGGCUACAUGCAUGAAGGUUUUGACACUGACAGCGAGUCGGACUGUUUCGAGGCUGCCAGCAGGACUUUUGGUGACAAAACAAACUUUUCUUCAUGUAAGAGAGACUCUCUGGAGCUCCAGGACUUGGAAGCAGCACAGGCCCAGACAGAGUACCGGCUCGGAAAGACUCAAGGUGGGCUGAAGAUCCAAGCAUCCAAAGAUUGCUAGACUCUCUCACACGCUGUGGCCGUCUCAUUUCAAAGCUCUUCAUCGGAGCACCUUGAUGUCCACCUUGAACUCUGACCUGUACAUAGACUUCACAUGCAAGAAAAAAGAGGAUUUACUUCAAGGACAUAUUAAGUAAUUAAAAAAAAAAAAGGACUUGUUUUAAGAGUUAUAUAAAUCUAUGAGUAUAUAUUUUAAUACUAAAAAGAGGGAAGCUAUUUAAAAGAGUACUGUUUAACUUGGGUAUACUCUUGUGUAAAGUUUCAGAUGUAAAAGAUUAUUUUCAUGUGGGGUGGUUGAUUAAGCCCCAGACAUUGUACAGAAUAAGAUAUGUGCUAUAUGGUUUCACAGAACGUAAGAUGUUAUUGAAAUAUUAGAUUAUUGAACAUACAUGGUCAGUGUUUGUAUUUGUUUUUUGUUUUUUUGUUUUUUUUGUUGUGUUUUGUUUUUGUUUUGUUUUUUUGCUGCUACACUUCUAAAUAAUUUUAAGCAAUUUGCCUUAAAAAUAAUGCAGUAACCCCUCCCCCCCCCUUCUCUUCUUGUACGUUACUAACUCCCGCAGUGUUACACUGUGAGAUUUUCUGCAUCUGACACACUCUCUGCAACCGUGCACUGUAAAGAAAAAAAAAAGAAUUACAUAGCAAGUGCUGUUUUCUUAACAGUAGUAACCGCCGUGCCUUCAAUGUGUCCCCGUUUUUCUUUAUUUUUUUGUUUUUUUUUUUUUGUUCUCACAGCAUUCACAGCUCAGUAUUAUGUUCUCACUUUGGGUGUAAAUAUACAUCUUGUGUCUGUUUCGUCCAGACACGGAUUAUUCCUCUGGUGGCAAGCAGGAGAUUGAUAUUUGCUUGUCGUCACCGUGAACAGGCUGACGGUUGAUCGGCGUUUCAUGUUGGAUCUGCGCCGGCGUGUCAGUCGGUGUCCUCUGCAGUUUCAAACUACUUGAAGGAGCUGUGACGUUGUUUUUUUUUUUCCUCAGCAGUUAUUGUAAGCUCUACAGACGGUGAUGUUUACCUUCGCGUUGCUCGCCUUCUUGUAUUACUUUUGAAAGGGAAUUCUAAAAAAAAAAAAAAUCCAAUGCAAAAGGGAGUGAUAUUAUCUAGUUUUAAUGUUUUUCUUGUUGUUUUGUUUUAUCUUUGCUGGCUGCUUUAGGGUUGCAUCAUGCAUCAUGCUGUUGUGUCCCUGUCUCAUUUUUAUUCAGAUUUUAAUGCUUCAGUCUGCUUUGACUCACUUUCUAAUUUCACUUCUCAUUAAUACAAACCUCAUACAUGCCAUGCCAUUAUUUUUCACUCGAUAGAACUCGUCUCGUUUUGUCUGUGUGCUUUACGGAGUUGCCGUCGUUCAGUAUUGGUCUCAUCACUGCCAGGUUAAAUUGCAGGGAGAAACUUGCCGAUCUAUUCCUUUACGUCAUUCUACAAGUGGCAGCUCUUUCUUCUUUUUUUUCUCUUUGUAAAUAUGAAAGAAGAGUCGAAUAGCUACUGCAAAUUGUGAAUAAUUACGCAAAAAAAAAAAAAAAAAAAAGCAAGCAAAAGCACCAUUUCCAGUUUGGUGGGA